UCUAAUCCCCUCGUUUCCCUCAGCACUUAUGGAGGCCGAGCGAAAUCCCAGGCGUCGUCGCGCCGAGGCGCCCCGCGCCCGCCCUUCCAUCCCUAUUUCACCAUCGCGAUCUCCUCCAGUCCCCAAUUUCCCCAUCCUUGAGCAGCAUCGGCCUGAGCUGCUGCCGCCGUGAAGAUUGGAGCCGCCGAGCCGAAGGUCUGGGCCCUCCUCUGUUUCUUCUCCCCAGCCGGCCAAAGGGGACACCGUCAAGAGUGGAGCCGCCGUGAAGAGUGGAGCAUCGAGUUGAGCUGCUGCCGCCGUGAAGAGUGGAGCGCUCCGACUCCCCUCCUUGAUCUGUAGCCGAGCCGGAGGUCUGGCCCUCCUCUUUUUCUUAUCCCCAGCCGGCCAGAGGGGACACCUAGGGCUGGACCACCACUACGACGACCAGAACUCCACCAGGAAGAAGAUCUCGGGCGCACUGUUCUGGUGGUAAGUGAUAACUAAUCAAUGGCUUCUCAAGGUGGAGAAGGCUCCGCUGUGGAUGGUGCAGGGAAUGGGAACUCAACACCAAUACCUCAAGCUACUCUGACAUCUCAAGCUGCUACUCCAACGUCUGAAGUUGCUACUCCAACAUCUCAAGCCACAUCUAACAGGGCUGGUUGUAAGAGGAAGCGAACAUCGGCAGUAUGGGAUGAGAUGGAAGAGAAAUUUGAAAAUGGAGAAUAUAAAGCCUACUGCAAUUAUUGUCACAAAAAAUUUACUUCAGGACCUAGAGCUGGCACAACUCACUUGUGUUCCCAUUUGGAUUCUUGUCCUGCUAGGCAUGCACCUAUUGGCCCCAAGCAACAAAAAUUAAGGUUGACAAAAGGUGAAGGUGGCAAAGUGAAUAUGGAAAAUGUCAUUUUUGACCAAGAGAAGGCUAGGAAAGAUCUUGCAUUGAUGAUAUGUGAACAUGAGUAUCCUUUAUCUAUUGUGGAUCAUAGUGGUUUUCGUAUAUUCUGUUCUUCUUUGCAGCCGCUGUUUAAGAUGGUGUGCAGAAAUACUAUUAGGAAUGAUAUUGUGGCUAUGCAUAAAGCUCAAAAGGGGAAGAUGGUGAAUUUUUUUGCAACAUUCAAACAUAGAGUGGUUAUCACUACAGAUUUGUGGACAGCGGGCUAUCAAAAGAGAGGUUAUAUGGCUGUUACCACACACUAUAUAGAUGAUUCUUGGAAUCUAAAGAGUUUUCUUAUGAGGUUUGCUUAUGUGCCAUGUCCACAUUCAGCUGAGGUUAUAUGUGAAGCCUUGUAUGAGUGUCUUGUUGAAUGGCACCUUGAGAGGAAGAUCUCCACCGUCACUUUGGACAACUGCACAUCAAAUGACAAGGCUAUGGUUAUAUUGCCAGAUAAGUUGGAUACUAGCUCUCUCAUGUUGGAUGGUCAAUUACUGCAUAUGCGUUGUGCUGCUCACAUAUUAAACUUAAUUGUAAAAGAUGGAAUGAGCGUCUUAGAGCAAGGUAUAGAGAGGUUGCGGGAUAGUGUUGCAUUUUGGUCAGCCACACCUAAAAGUCAUGAGAAGUGUGAAAAGAUGGCAAAAACUUUGAACAUAGAGUAUAACAAAAGGUUAACUCUUGAUUGUAAGACUAGAUGGAAUUCAACUUAUAUCAUGAUUAGCAUUGCACUGCAAUACAUAGAGAUAUUUGAAAAAUUAAAGGCACGUGAAAAGAAAUUUAAGUGUUGCCCAACUAAAGAUGAUUGGAAGUUUGCAAGAGAAAUAUGUGACAGGUUGAAGCUCUUCUUUGAUAUCACCGAGUUAUUCUCAGGCACCAAGUAUGUCACAGCAAAUCUUUUUUUCCCUAAAAUGAUUACCAUUCGCUUGGCCAUAAGGAAAUGGGGUAAGAGUGACAGUGAGCUUAUACAAAAAAUGUAUGCGCAAAUGAAGGAUAGGUUUGAGAAGUAUUGGUCAGAUAUCCAUGGUCUUAUGUCCGUUGCAACGGUUCUUGAUCCAAGGUAUAAACUCCAUAUUCUCAAUGCUCUCUAUGGUCCCCUCUAUGGAAGAGAGCAUGCAGCCACAGAAAUAGAGAAGGUGAAGAAGUUAUUGAUUCAAUUGGUGAAGCAAUAUAAAGAUGAAGUUGAAGGGGAGGAUACAUGGGAUGCUUCUGUUGUUGAGCCAGCUGGAGAAGAAGAUGAAGCCAUGGAACUGUAUGAUCUAUAUUUGUCUAGUCGCCCAGCUGUCCCAUCUUCAUCCAUCCAUACAGAAUUGGACAUGUAUUUAGAAGAAGCUAGUCUGGCUAGAACACAAAAAUUGGAUAUCAUCAAUUGGUGGAAGGUUAGCGGCACAAGGUUUCCUACCUUGCAAAAACUGGCUCGUGAUAUAUUGCCUAUUCCCAUAACAUCUGUAGAAUCUGAAUGUGCAUUCAGCACUAGUGGAAGAGUACUAAGUGCACAUCAUAGUAGACUUACUCCUCAUGUGGCUGAAGCUCUAAUGUGCAUGCAAGCUUGGUCUCUUGCAGAUCUCUUAGGUGGUUGGGAUUCUACACUCUUUGCUACAUUUCAGAGUGUUCUUGAGGAUGAAGAAGAAGAGAUGGAUGAAUCUACUUCAAUCAUAACCGAAGAGUGAAGAUACGGCUGCUGUUUGUGAUGUGUUGGUGUCUUGGUGGCGAUGGUUGCUGUUUGCCAUCCUUGCUGUCUACAAGCUGUUGUUUGUGCUACUUGCCGGGCGCUGUGUGCUAAUCGAGUGUUGAUUGAUGGGUGCUAUGGAAGGUUGCUAUUUUUUAGUUGUCAAGUGAUAAUCACUCCAUUUGCUAUGGAAUUGUGUGGUUCAUGUGACUCGGCAGAGCCACUACUAUUCGUAUCUACUUUUGUCUGAGUGACGUAUCAAGUAUUUGAGGUGUCAAUUUCUUAUGUGACUCAAGUAUUUGAAGUGUCAAUUUCUUAUGUGACUCAUUUAUUUUUGUCGAGUUAUUAAUAUGAGUGAUUUCUAAGUUUUGAUGAUUUUCAUA